UUCCUAAAUUGUUGAUUAUUACGAUUUUAUAGUAGUAAUAGUUGUAUUUUGGCAGAAACAAUUGUUGUCGUGAAAGUAAAUGUUUGUUGUGGACAUUAAACAGGAACAGGCUACAGUUACCCUCGAUAACAAGCGAGUUCACUCAAGUUCAUUUGCAGUGUGGCUAUAUAAGUUCAUAUGCAGAGGAGCUAAGAGUCGCCCUGCCAUUACAAGGAAGCACACUGCUCUAACAGGACUAUUGUACAGACUGAACUGUGCACUGCGAAAAUAGACAUGCUUUUCAAUUCAAUGCUGAGAUCUGCGUUAUUUUUAUGCAAGCAGGACUACGGAGGAAUAAAAUGCCUGACAUCGGUAUUCUGCACUCGGACGACCAGCACAUUAAUAACUGGUGGUGAUAAACAACAAACCAUGGACGACUUGGAUGGUCCUAGCUUCCUGACAUCAUUAUACUGGCUCUUUGGGAAAGGUUAUUUUCAAACGACACAUCAAAUGCAGAUAGAGCACAGCAAAAUCUACGGCCCCCUUUGGAAGUCCAAAUAUGGACCACUGGUUGUUGUUAAUGUGGCCAAUGCAGACCUCAUAGAACAGGUUCUACGGCAAGAGGGUCGCCAUCCCAUCCGUACUGACAUGCCCCACUGGAGAGGCUACCGAAAACUCCGGAAUCAUGCUUAUGGACCCCUCACAGAAAUGGGAGCGGAGUGGCAGCGCAUUAGAAGCAUCCUGAAUCCCCGCAUGCUAAAGCCCAAACAUGUGUCCUCCUACACCAGUGCCAUUAAUGGUGUGGUGAGCGACUUUAUCGAGAAGGUGGCAAAGCUUAGGACAACAAAAGGCAACGGCCUUAUGGUGUAUGAUGUGGCAGGAGAACUCUACAAGUUUGCCUUUGAAGGAAUAUGCUCAGUGUUGUUUGAAACUCGUAUGGGGUGUCUGAAUGAAGUGGUUCCUGAAGAAACACAGAAGUUUAUCUUCUCUGUUGGGGAAAUGUUUCGUCUUUCUCCCAUCGUGAUCCUGUUCCCUAAAUCUCUCUGGCCCUACAUGCCUUUUUGGAAGCAUUUUGUGGCUGUUUGGGACCAUUUGUUCAAAGUUGCGAAUGAACUAGUGCAGAAGAAGAUGGCAGAGAUUCAGGAAAGGGUGAAACAUGGGCAGCCAGUGGAGGGCGAGUAUCUCACACACCUCCUGACCAGUGAACAGAUGUCCUUCACUGAGGUUUUGGGAAGCAUUACUGAGCUUCUGCUGGCAGGAGUCGACACUACAUCAAACACUAUUUCCUGGGUGCUUUAUCACUUGGCACGAGAGCCAGAGACCCAGCAGAAGCUGUAUGAGGAGAUUACCAGUGUCUGCCCGGGUGACAAAGUGCCCUGCAGUGAAGACAUUAUCAGGAUGCCAUUACUAAAGGCCAUCAUUAGAGAGACUCUUCGUUUAUAUCCGGUGGUUCCUGGGAAUGCUCGUGUCGUUGCUGAAAGAGAAAUAGUGGUGGGUGGCCACCUCUUCCCUAAAAAUACUCUUUUCCACCUCUGCCACUUUGCAGUGUCCUACGAUGAGAAGGUGUUUCCCAAUCCAUCUGCCUUCCUCCCUCAGCGCUGGAUCCGGGGGGAGAAGCAGUUAAACCAGCAUCCUUUUGGGUCUGUGCCGUUUGGCUUUGGCAUCCGCGCCUGCCUGGGCCGCAGAGUGGCUGAACUGGAGAUGUACCUCCUCUUGUCCCGCUUAAUUAAACAUUAUGAAGUGCGUCCAGACCCUUCAGGAAGGACUGUGAAGCCGAUCACAAGAACUCUGCUGGUCCCGGCCACAUCCAUUGACCUGCAGUUUAUUGACAGGCAAAAGGAGCAAGAGGAGCCCGUCAAAGCAAAUGCUUCUGUAUAAAUAACUCUGCACUUUUCAAAGCAGUUUGCUUUUAGAUGAUGUUUACUUGACUGUUGCCUUUUUAAAGGCAUUUUUAUUUAAAAUAACACUUAUUUUACUGUUGUUAUACAGUAUACUGUAAAUGUACAAAUUUUGUUGUUUUAAUGCAUGUUAAUUAAUGUCUUUGUAAUUAAUGUAAUGAAUUAAUAUUAGUGUCAGAUGAGAGGAUUUUUGAUCUUUUACAAAAAAUGUCAAAUUUUUUUUGUGAAUGCACCUUCCUUUUUCAAUAAUAUAUUUUAUUUUUGUUUUUAGAGGAAAUUAAUAUUUAAAUUUCAUUUAUCUAAUUUAGGUUACAUGGUUCUUGCUGGUGAGAAUACAGUAAGAAUAAUAUUAAUAAUUGACCACACUCUAACACAUGUCUCUCUAGUUUAGUUUCAAUCUGAACGCAAACUCCAAUGAUGCUCCCAUGUGAGUGAGAAUUGUAAAUGCAAUAAAUUGAAAUAUUCCAGCUUUUACUCAUUUCUGUUUUUGUUCCACUUCUAUGUCCAAAAAAUUUUGAGUUUGAAACUUUAGGCCUAGGCAUUGCACAGGUCUAAGAGCUGAUUCAGUUAAUUUCAUAAAAACGAUCUAGAAGAAAGUUAAUAUGGAAUGUGUCAGUGAAUUUGCAUGAUUUUUGAAAUGUUUCCAUUUUUUUCUAUCCCUACCUUUAAAAUAAAUUCACCAUGAAAUAGAUUUUGCAAGCCCAUCACCCAUUUGCAUUCUCCUU